AUGGUCGGCCCCCCGAAGUGUGCCGAGCCCGUCCCUAAGAAGGAGCCGAAGAUCAUGACGAACGACGAGAAGGCCAGGGUGAAGGAGGCGGAGGCGAAGCUGCUCGGCCUGUUCAGCAGCGCGUCGUACGUCGACGUGGGCGACCCGGUGCGCCCGGUGGAGUACGAGCGGCGCGCGCCGGAGCGGUCCAACUUCCGCGGCAGCCAGUUCAAGACGAACCCGCCGAAGCAGGGCGCGACGCCGGACGUGUUCUUCCAGUACAAGAUCGCGCAGGAGCGCGCGGAGGCCGAGGCGAAGAAGCUCUCGGGGAUGCCCAAGGAGGAGCAGCUGAACUACCUGCGCAAGACGCGCGACACGUACGAGGACAAGAUGCGGUUCCGGCAGGAGGCGCUCGGGAAGCUCGCGAAGACGAUGGGCGACGACUUCAACCGGCGGGAGGUCAAGGACUCGAAGCUCAAGGGCUUCGCGAACGACCAGAACGUGGGCUUUGCGUCGAGCGACAUCUCCAAGCGCAGCGAGUUCACGAUGACGUUCCGCACGGAGCAGUACCGCGAGCAGCUGUCGCAGGAGACCAAGUACGCGAAGCGCGCGAUGGAGAUGAUGCACCAGACGGGCGAGCACGCGGAGCUCGUGUCGCCGCGCAAGCAGAAGGAGGAGGAGGACGGCCCGCUGCUGUACGACCUGGUCUUCGAGGACGACGACUGGCACGCGCAGGCGUCGCGCCCGGCGUUCUCGCGCGUCCACCGCGACACGGUCAACCCCACGCGCCUCAGCAAGGAGCGGCACAUGGGCGGCAUGCGCACCACCAACAACAACACCUUCCGCCCGCCCGUGGACUUCAACAAGCCCGAGUUCGGCCACAAGCCACUCAUCCGGGACACCUUCUACCGCAAGACCAACGUCCGGGCCACGUUCCCCGUCCCCAUGCCGGAGAUCUAG